GAGAGGUCACAGCCUGCCCUAACGGUGAGUGCGCUAGGCCUGGCAGGCUCGGUUGGGCCCCCGAGAAGGUCCCUCCUCUCGACUGUCCCUGCUGACCUGGCCCCCCACCACCGUGGUCUCCUGCUCCAGCUUCUUGUGCCCCAUCUUCUGAGGCUGCCUCGGAGGUUCCUUCCCGUGCCACGGCUUCCUGUGGCUGCUCUUCAGGUUCUUGAGUCCAGGGCUCCCAUGAGUAGGCCUCCAUCACAGCCCGCGGGGUAGGACCAAAAGCUGCCUUUUACCGAGCCUCAAGUGCAGCCUGCUGGACCACCUCCUUCUCCACUCAGGGCCACAGCUCUGCAGCCCUACAGUGGCUCUAACUCCCAAAUCACUGAAGAGGCCCAAGAUGCAGAUGCCCAGGGACUCGUUCCCCACUGACUGGAGCCCACCUCCUGUAGAGUUCCUAAACAAGCCCAAGAAAGCACCUCCAGCCAAAAAGGGACCCCUUGAGGACUUGGAGAAGGACCCUCCAGAUCCCAACCAGAAGGUGGAGCUGGCCUCCCUGGAGGAGCUCUUCUGGAACAUGGCAAGUCCAAGCCAACAGGCUGGGACCCCAGAGAUUUCCUCUGGGAGCUCACAAUGCUACAUCAAUAACUUAGAUUACUUACUGCAAGAAAAGAGGGAGCAGGCCCUGGAGCAGGAAUGGGAGCAGUUGCUGCAGCAGACACAUCCUAGGCUGAAGUCCUCUGUGUGUGAUGAUAAUGACGACAGUGACACAGAAGCAGUGCUCAUGCCUGAGCACAGGAUGCUGGUGGAGAAGUUCUCCGUGUCCCUGCAGGUCAUCUCGCCAGUGCAUCCGGGUGAAACUGUAUUCUUGCCUAGGCGUCACCCUUUGCCUUGCUUCCUGGACUCCUCUCGUCUAAAGCCGCACAGCCCAUUGGAAGAGCUGUUCCUCAGGUCCUCGCUGCCCGAGCAGCUCUCCUUCCUACACAAUGGCCUCCUGAGCAACCUCUACCUGCAUGCUGCUGACUGCCCUCAGCCUCUGCUGCAGUGGCUGUUCCAGUUGUUAACAUGGCCUCCAGAAACAUCUUCAAGAGCUUUUGGCCUCCUCUGGGAUCUCAGUAUAGAUGGACUGUUCCGUCAGCCUGAUGAAGACAUGCAUUUCUGGUGUCCCUCACUGCAGGAGGUCAAAGAGGUGUUCAGCAGCCUGGGAGCCUACAACCCCGCCCUGUACCCACAGGGGCCCUUCCAGCACAGCGCAAGUGCCACCAGGAAGCAGGUCACCACCCUUACUUGCAUCAGCAAAGGGGUCGAAAGAGUGGAGGUUCUGGAUAGCGGACAUACGAUACGAUUCCUUUUCUUACCAUCAUUGAACAGGCAAAAGAGAUGGCUUCUGUGGAAGGACGACCAUCAGAGAGAUGAGAGGGUGCUUGAGAGUGAGGCCAGCCUGGAUUCACAGGAUCCUCCCCAGGAAGUGGCCUUGGACAUUAAGUUGAACUACAUCUACAAGUUCCUGACCCUGUGUCUCCUAGUCCGGCCAGUGUCCUACACGGAUGCCAGCAUCUUGGAUCUGAUGGAGCUGCUGUGCCGCGCAGGCCUGGAUGUAGGGUUGUGCCUGCUGCCCAAGACUGACCUCCAGCAACUCCUGCUCCUGCUGCUGGAGAGAAUCCAAGAGUGGCCUGGAAAGCUCCAGCCCCUUUGCUGUGCCCUGAGCUGGGUGUCCGACCACCACCACAACCUGCUGGCCCUCGUGCAGUUCUUCCUGGAUGUGACGCCUCGGGGCAGGCAGCUGAGAAGUCAGCUGAGUCUUGUGAUUAUUGCCCGGAUGCUGGGCCAGCAGGAGUCACUUCCUUUCUCGGCAGAGAAAACCCAGCUAGCCCUGCUCAGCCAGCUCCUCAGCCUCAUGAGGCCUUCGUCCCUCAGGCAGUGUCUGGGCAUUGAAACCUUGCCAUCCAGUCUAGGGCAACACUCAAAGGCCAGUGCCGAGCUAGACUACAAGGUCUGCUAUCUGUGCCACAGCCUCCUGACACUAGCUGGGGUCGUGGUCAGUAGCCAGGACAUUACUCCCAAUCAAUGGGGUGAGCUACAGCUGUUGUGCAUGCAGUUGGACCGUCAUAUCAGCACCCAUAUCCGGGAGAGCCCUCAGGCCAUGCACCGGACCAAACUCAAGGACCUAGCUACCCAGACUUACAUCCGCUGGCAGGACUUGCUGGCCCACUGUCAGCCCCAGGGUCAGUACUUCAGCCCUUGGAAAGACAUUUAAAGGGAUAAGAGCAAAGUGGCCCAAGGCUGUGGACUGGAGCAGGAAGAGAACUGUAGGAGGUGAAGAAUGGAGCCGGAGGAGGCCCAGCCUGGUGAAGGUAGACUACUGCCACCACCCAGCGAGGGGUUCUUGUGUCCCUGACCAUCCCCACCCUUGAGCUCCCCCACCUGCACAGGUGUCUCUUCUGUUCUGGGCUCUCCCUGUUGGCCACUGACUUUCCCACACCUUGCCCUCUCUGCCCAUCUUGAAUAUGAGGUUCAUUUGUGCAUAUUAAAGUAUUAUUUCCAGCA